AUGAGAGGAUUGCAGCUAUUCGGUGUCGGAAAAAAGAAUGUUAGCGAAGAAAAUGGUCUUUAUUCGCGGGGAAGAAGCGAAAAAGACCAAUAUACGAAGCUACAGGGUCCGCAUUUGCUAGGUUUACCUGACAAGAUUUUGGAACGUGUGUUGGAAAACUUGGACCUCCAAACAUACUUGUCUCUGAUACGGGUCAAUAAGAAGUUUUACCAGUUCAUUUGUGAACGGUUUUUGUUCAAAAAUGUUGUUCUCACGAACAAAAUGUCAUUAUUGCAAUUUAAUGCAUUGAUUCAGUGCCAAAGUCUUACCUUAAGGAACGAUAUUAGUUAUCUGGUUAGAUCGGUGGAAUUUGUGGACCCUGAAUGCCAUGACUCGCUUUUUAAGUAUAGCAAAUAUUAUAGAACAGAUUCUUCUGGUACAAUGAUAGGAGGGACCUAUUCUUUUGCUGAGAGACAAGGACGCUCGAAUGAUAUCAUGUUAAACUCAUCUAGGUCGACAUCACUAUCCUCUGUAAGGUCCAGAACUAAACAGAACUCGACAGAAAUUCAUCAGCGUCUAGCAAAAUUGGAAUCAAAAUUCAAUAACUACACUUAUAUUGAAUUGAUGUUGAACAUUAUUGAUUAUCUUCCAAACUUGUCGCAUAUCAUUCUAUCACAAGUUGAGCAGAAUUUUAAAGUACCGCUCUGGUAUUCUGUGCUCAACGAUGGCUCUAAGGAGUUUAUGAAAAAGAUAAUCAAGGGACAAGGCUCUAUGACAGUAGAGGAUUUAAGAUCAUUUAAGGUUUCGAAUGAAUGGAUUCGACAAUACGAAGAAACUUUUCAAUCGCUAUCACGAUUCAAAAGGCUCUCUAUAAAGGCAAAGACUAAUUUGGCAUUAAGGCCUAACCAUUUGUGCUGUUUUGGCGUUUUUGAAGAGCUUAUGUUGGAAAACGUUACCAUUACUACAGAGUCCCUCGAUACCCCUUUAGAAUACCUUCCUUUAUAUCUUAGGAUAGGUCGUGAUAAGCGCUUGGAUUUGCAUCUUCCGGUUCUAUCGUUGGAACUUAAAUCUUGUACAAUAAAGCCUGGGAACGGGUUGAUGAGAUUAAUAUACUCAUAUUUCUUUCCUGUUAGGAAACUAUCAUUAUACAAUCUUCAAAGCAAAUUCGAUCUUCUCUUGAUUAACUGUUUCCCUUCUUUAUCUCAUCUCACUUUGGAUUGUAAUAGUAAAUGUUUCGUAGAUGUGGUACCUGUUGAUGAAUCAUAUUAUUUCCCCGAUGAACCAGCGCAAGAUGUAUUGGAUGAUGUUCAAACCCUAAUCAAUUCUUCUAAACGUACGAAACUAACAACCCCUCCGCCAACUACACCAGUGGUUGUAGUGAUGAACAAAGGAAAAUUGGUUAAUAAUGAGCCGAGUGUGCACAGAAAACCUGCACUGUUAACAACAACUCAAGCUAACUACUUCCAAUCAGCUUCGAUAUCACCAUUCCAUUGUUACUUUCACCAUUUCAAAAGAUUAUGGGAACGGAUCCCAAAUUCUGGAGUUCACUUAACGAUUGUGAAUAUUCCAUUUACAAAUGUGUUUCCUCUAGUACCAGAACUUGUAUGGGAACGGUUCUUGACAAAUGAUUCGGAUACACUUUAUGGUGAUAGCGAUAGUGAAAACGAAGAGGAACGUGAUGAAUUCUGGUGGGAUUCAAGCAUCAGAGAUUAUCUUGAAGAAACAAUCGGGGUGUCUAAUAACUUGGAUGACUCUCAUGAAGAGUUAGAACCUCAAAAAUGGAACGAUUUACACAGAAUAAAUUCCUUCAAAGAUAUUCCUAACGUCAAUGUUUGGUUCUUUUUGAAACUAAUAUCGAAGUUUCAAUCGGUGGAAAUACAUAUGCUACGUCAAUGGCUGUUUUGUACUCCUCGUACCAGGUAUGACUGGGAACUUUUAUUAAAACCAGUGCUCAACGGUAAGGUCCCUGUUACCGUUAAAGACAACGCUGGAUAUUUGUUAUAUUCUUACGGAAGCACUAUACAAAAACGAUAG